UAUUAAAGGUGCAAAAAAAGAGAAAAAGAUAGCUUACAUUAUAUAUAUAUAUAUAUAUAUAUAUAUAUAUAUAUAUAUAUAGUUGCAUGUAUAGUUUUUUACACCAAGCUAAAUCUAUCUUUUGUAGUAGUAAAUUGGAGCUUUCGCCAUGUCUCUUCAUUUCCUCACUUCAGUCCCUGCCAGCUGUUUCAACAGAACGCAUAGCAAAGACAUCUCAAAUAGAUCAAACGCCAACAAGUUCAUUGUCCCCCAAGCUAGAAAACUCGUUGCUACCGCCAAAGUUUUUGAUGAAAAAAUUGCAAGAAGAACUGCCAAUUACCAUCCUCCUAUUUGGAAGGACGAUUAUAUUCAGUCCCUCCAAAGCGAUUUUGUGGGGGAAUCAUGUGAUGAACGAGCAAUGGAACUGGUUGGAGAAGUGAGAACGAUGCUUGACAAAGUGCCAGAUCCCUUAGAGAAACUUGAGCUGGUCGAUACCUUGCAGAGGCUCGGAUUAUCUUAUCACUAUGAGAAUGACAUAAAGAGAAUUUUGGAGAGUGUAAAGGCUGAAGAGAGCAAUAUUGUGUGGAAGAAAGGCAAUUUAUAUGCUACAGCGCUUGAAUUUAGGCUCCAAAGGCAGCACGGGUAUAAAGUAACUCCAGAUGUUUUCUCUAGUUUCAUGGAUGAGAUGGGGAACUUCAAGGCAGGUCUUUGUGAGGAUUGCAAAGGGCUGCUAAACUUGUAUGAAGCUUCAUACCAUUUGGGAGAGGGUGAAAGCAUCUUGGAGAAUGCAAGAGAUUUUGCAGCUGAACAUCUUAAGCAAUGUCUGAAGCAAAACAAAGAUGAAUAUCUAUUUAUGCUAGUGGAGCAUGCUUUGGAACUUCCGCUACAUUGGAGGAUUGAAAGGCUGGAAGCAAGGUGGUUCAUAGAUGCGUAUGAGAGACGAGAGGACAAAAUUCCUAUUCUUUCGGAGCUUGCUAAAUUGGACUUCAAUAUGGUGCAAGCUGUGCACCAGGAUGAUCUAAGAUAUGCUUCGAAGUGGUGGAGUGAUUUAGGUCUCGGGGAAAAGCUAACCUUUGCCAGAGACAGGUUGAUGGGGAACUUUUUAUGGACUGUUGGAGUAGCAUCUGAUCCUCAAUUUGGUCAUGCUAGAAGAACUCUGACAAAGAUUAAUGCACUAAUAACAAUUAUAGAUGAUCUUUAUGAUGUUUACGGUACUUUGGAUGAGUUAGAGCUCUUCACUGAAGCUGUAGAGAGAUGGGAUGUCAAUGCGAUGGAGCUGCUCCCAGAAUAUAUGAAGAUAUGUUUCCUUGCUCUUUACAACUCCAUAAACGAAAUGGCUUUCGACACUAUUAAGGAACAAGGAUUUGAUUCCAUUCCGUUCUUGAGGAAAAUGUGGGCAGACCUAUGUAAAGCUUACCUAGUGGAGGCAAAGUGGUAUCAUGGUGGAUACACACCGACCUUAAAAGAGUACAUUGACAAUGCAUGGAUUUCGGGUUCCGCUCCCGUAAUGCUAUCACAUGCUUAUAUCUCAACAAAUUCAAUACGAAAAGAGUGCUUGGAAUGCUUGAAGGAAUAUUCCCAUAUUGUCUAUUCUACGUCUAUGAUUUUACGACUUGCGAAUGAUCUUGCAACAUCAUCGGACGAGUUGCAAAGAGGUGAUGUUAUGAAAUCAAUCCAAUGUUACAUGCAUGAAACUAGCUUUUCUGAAGAAGAAGCCCGUCACUACGUAAAGAACUUGAUUGAUGCAACAUGGAAAAGCAUGAAUGAAAAUCGAAUUGCUCAAUCCGCUUUUUCACAGACAUUUAUUCAAAUGGCACUGAACGUGGCAAGGAUGGCUCAGUGCAUGUACCAACACGGUGAUGGCCAUGGGAUUGAAGUUAAUGAAACUAACAAUCGUGUAUUAUCAUUACUUGUUUUACCUAUUCCUUUACAAUUAGGUCUAAACACCAAUAUUUGAAAGGUGAUAUAGGAAUUGUUUUCAUUUUUUAAAAUAAAAUCUCUAUUUCUUUAGGUUUGAAUUAUAAUAUACUGUUGGUUUAUUAGUGUUGGAAAUGAACAUUCCAUCCUAAAAUUAUACAUAUUGCUAGACAUAUAAGUUUUACUAUUAA